ACUCUAUAGUUCACCAUAUUGGCUAGAUCGGCAGGACCUUUCUUGCUGGUUUCCGAGCCUUGGAUGACUCGACGGAGGUAUGAAAUACAGUACUUCCGGCCUAGCUCCUUCCUUCCGGUGCGUCCGCCAUUAGAGUGAGAAGAAUGGCUAUCCGAUACCCUAUGGCUGUGGGCCUUAACAAAGGCCACCGUGUCACCAAGAAUGUUGCAAAGCCCAGACAUUGCCGUAGGAGAGGGCGCCUGACCAAGCACACCAAGUUUGUCCGCGACAUGAUCCGUGAAGUCUGUGGCUUUGCUCCCUAUGAGAGACGUGCCAUGGAAUUGCUUAAAGUGUCUAAGGACAAGAGAGCUCUAAAGUUCAUUAAGAAAAGGAUUGGCACACACAUCCGCGCCAAGAGAAAGAGAGAAGAGCUGAGCAACGUGCUGGCAGCCAUGAGAAAGGCCGCAGCUAAGAAAGAUUAAAUUGUGCAACUGCUCCUAAUUAAAUGUUUCCAGAAAAUA